AUGAGGAAUAACAACCAGCCAUCACCCCCAUCCUUCCUCUGCCACUCAGCCAAGGAGAAAGACCAGUAUCUAAAGAAAAAAGCAGCAGUGAGUGAGCAGGUCUCAGCCAACAGUCCUGAAGAAUUUCUUGGAGUGCCUACAUUACCAAAAACCACUCAAGUGAUGUUUGAAUAUCAUUCAGGUCGAGUUUUGCCUCAGCUGUGUGAACCUCGAGACCUGUUUGGUGUAACAGGUAACAGUGCUCAGGUUCUGCCUCGCUGGCCUCAAGAAUGCGAGGUCAUCCCAGAGGAAAUACAUCAUAUUGACUGGGCACCAGCCUCUCCAGAACCUCUGUCUUUGCCUGUGAAAACUAGCAAAUGUUCAGGAAACUCUGAGGGACAAGAGGGAACACUGGUGUAUGAUACACAGCAAGGUGAAAAGAAUUAUUUCUCAGGGUCUCACGUUAAGGGAAAGCUGUGCUCUCUGAGUCAGGCAUCAGUGUCUCUCACUGGGCCUGAUGACACCACUCUGCUGUUUGAAGGACGAUUUGAGAGUGGUAAUCUACUGAAGGCAUACAAAGUAAGUGAAUUUGACUAUGAGCUGACUCUAAGGACUGACCUCUAUACUGUGAAGGACACCCAGUGGUUCUACUUCCAGGUAAAGAACAUGCGAUCUGGUGUUUGCUACCGUUUCACCAUCACUAACUUCCUCAAAUCAAGCAGCUUGUAUGAGCAGGGCCAGAAGCCACUACUCUAUUCAGAGCAAAAGGCCCGAUCCCUGGGUGUGGGAUGGCAUCGGGUCGGCCAAGACGUGUCCUAUUAUUGCAAUGGCCGUGUCCAUUUGGGGAAACCCUGCUACUCUCUGUCCUGGAUCCUGCUCUUUCCCUUUGACCGGGACGUCUGCUACUUUGCUCACUGCUACCCUUACACCUACACAAAACUGUGGAGCCACUUGUCAGACAUUGAAUGCAACCCCAGAUGUUCACGAUUCUGUAAGGUACGGAUAUUGUGUCGCUCAUUGGCAGGGAACCUGGUCCCAGUGGUGACCAUCACCAACCCAAACAAAGAAAAGGAGGCACCAGUAAAACCAGCCGUGGUGCUGUCAGCCCGGAUCCACCCUGGGGAGACAAACAGCUCCUGGGUGAUGAAGGGCAUUCUGGACUUUCUGCUGGGCGAGUCACCUGAUGCAGUACUACUCAGAGACAUGUUUGUGUUCAAGCUGCUGCCCAUGCUGAACCCUGACGGGGUGAUAGUAGGAAACUAUCGCUGCUCACUUUCAGGCAGAGACCUUAACCGUAACUACAGAUCAGUCCUCAGAGACUCCUUCCCCUCAGUGUGCGCUACACAGCAGCUGGUGAAAAGGCUGUGUGAGGAACGUAAAGUGCUGCUGUACUGUGACCUGCAUGGACACAGUCGCAAAACCAAUGUCUUCAUAUAUGGAUGCGAGGGCCCCCGGCAGGGCUUGAGGCUGCCACUCGAGAGAGUCUUCCCACUCAUGUUUCACAAGAACUGUCCUGAUAUGUUCUCUUUCCAGAGCUGUACGUUCAAAGUGCAGCGCAGAAAAAAGGGCACUGGCCGAGUGGCCCUCUGGAGACUAGGCGUUCUGAACAGCUUUACUCUGGAGAUUUCCUUCGGUGGUUCCACAGUUGGUCAAAGGAAGGGGACACACUUUAACACACGGGAUCUAGAGAUAUUGGGGACUCACUUCUGUGACACUCUUCUGGACUACUGUGACCCAGUCGGGACAAAGUAUAACAUGUGCAUAAGAGAGUUGCAGGGAAUGUUGAGGGGGGACAUCCCUGUGCUUGCAGACUCCACCCUCAGUGAUCAUGAUGCCAAAACCACAGGAUCCAAUUCCUCAGAUUCUGACAGAUCACGAGACCGUCCCCAGAACCUUGCUGAGUCGGAGUAUGUGCAGCAUCUCAUGGCUGAGUAUGUGAGGAGCAGGCUGCAGCACAGUUCUGGACAGCUCCUUAAUGGUGAUGGCACAGAUUAG